AGGGACAUUAGCCACGUGAAUUCAACGUUCCUAAAUUUCUACUCUUCUGUCUCUUCUCUUACAUAACUCUCUUUCCCACCAUCUAGAUUCUAAACAAAAAAAAAACUCCACACUCUUUCUCUCUUUCUUUUAAAAACAUCUCUAAAUAAAAACACUCACAAGAACGUACUAAAUAAGUAGUAAAACUCCAUGGAACCAGUCACUUAUGGGUCAUGCAGACCCGACCCAAAACCCUCAACCGCGUCAGCACCACCACCAAGCCGUUACGAGUCACAGAAACGCCGCGACUGGAACACGUUUCUACAAUACCUAAGAAACCACAAACCCCCUCUAACGCUAACGCUGUGCAGCGGGGCUCACGUGCUCGAGUUCCUCAAGUACCUAGACCAAUUCGGAAAAACCAAAGUCCACGUGACAACAUGUUUUUUCUUUGGCCACUCGGACCCAACAUCUCCUUGCGCUUGUCCGCACAAACAAGCUUGGGGAUCUCUCGACUCUUUGAUCGGACGACUUAGAGCCGCUUACGAGGAAAACGGUGGACGGCCGGAAACGAACCCGUUUGCUGCACGCGCUGUUAGGAUUUACCUUAGGGAAGUCAAAGGGAGUCAAGCUAAGGCUCGUGGAAUUACUUAUCAGAAAAAGAGACGGCAGCCUACCGUUACCACUGUCAGACUGGAUGUGGUUUAAACGAGUGGAAUCGUCUUCGAAGACGGGAGUAAUGGAGAUUAUCCGGCUGCCUCCGGAGCCUUACUUCCAUAGGUUUAUAUAAUAAUCAUACAUAUUUUGCUUAUUUUUCCCCAUAUACAUAUGUUGUAUAAAAUCAUCUCUCUUUAUUAAGGAAACCUAUACUAUUUUCACUGUA